CCCUAAAACCCUAGCGCUCGAAAUGGCGUUCUUCGAUUAAACCCUGAAAAUCUUCGCAAGCUCCCACUAUUGGUUAUUUUCAGAGGAGACAGCCUCCUGGUCAAGCUCGGUGAUCCUCUCAGUAGCAGCGGCGCCGAAGAAGAAGAAGAACCAUGAGACCCCCAAGAGGCGGUGGCGGGUUUAGAGGAGGACGAGAUGGCGGUCGGGGCGGCGGCGGCCGAGGUUUUCGCGGCGGACGUGGCGGCGGCGGCGGGCGGUUUGGUGGUGGUGGGUUUCGUGAUGAAGGACCUCCUUCUGAAGUCGUAGAGAUUUCGACCUUUAUUCAUGCAUGCGAGGGUGAUGCUGUUACUAAGCUCACCAAUGAGAAGAUCCCUUACUUCAACGCCCCAAUCUUUCUUCAGAACAAGACCCAGAUCGGCAAAGUGGACGAGAUCUUUGGCCCCAUUAACGAGUCUUUUUUCUCUAUCAAAAUGAUGGAAGGUAUCAUGGCAAGUUCCUACGCUCCUGGAGACAAGUUCUUCAUCGACCCCAAUAAGCUCUUGCCUCUUGCAAGAUUCUUGCCACAACCAAAGGGACAGGCAGCUGCUACAAGAGGAGGCCGUGGAGGAGGCAGGGGAGGAGGUUUUAGAGGUGGUGGCCGUGGAGGAGGAUUCAGAGGAAGAGGUGCUCCACGAGGUGGCAGAGGCCCUCCCAGGGGCGGCCGUGGUGGCUUUAGGGGCAGAGGAAGAUUUUAGAUCAAAGUUAUGUAGUGGCAUUGAUGAUCUUAAGCUUUUGUGUUCUCUUGUGGUGUGCUGAUGACCAUCCCCUGAACUCUGCUGUUUAAUAUAUCCAACUUUUGAGCAUUAAUGGAGGCAGUUCUGUUUAGUUGCUGAAUUUCCUGUUGAAAUAUGUCAUGGAUAUGAAUGAGGCUGUUCCGUUCCAUAGCU